AUGCCCGAACGCGGGAUCACCAGUGCAGAAGGUGAUGCGCAAGCGGCAGGUUACAUUAGACGAACUGUGGCCGGCAGAGGGCACCAGCUGCAGCACGUCGGAGGCAGCAAGUGGAGCGUCAUCGCGGAAGAGGGCGAUGAGUCCGGUCAGGAUUACUCGGACAAGGGAAGCUGUGAUUCGGAAGCAACGUCUGCUUCAGUUCCGGAAGGGAUGUAUCGAGAUGAGCAGCACAGAGUGCGCCACUCGAUGAGGCCCAGUGAUGCUCCCGUGAAGUUUGAAAUGAAAUCUAUGCGAUGUAAUGACUGCCUAUGGCCGGAUUUGGACAGCACAAGUGAUUCGGAUGUUUUGUUAAUAUCCAGGGACAGUUUGGAUCCUGCGUCGGGAGUUCCUCCCGAGCCAUUUCCAUCUUCGUGCACUGACGCGACGUACGGAUGGGACUUCGAGGGGAAAUUCGUUCGCUUGCCAUUUUCAUCGUGUAAUUUGAGGUGCGGUUUGCCGCUGUACCCGGUCAUCGAAUGCGCUCUUUCGAAGCUUCUAGAACCACUCAUCUCCUAUGAGCAGAUUGAGGAGUGUAUCAGUAGCUACACACGUGUGAAACGUUUCGACACGCUCGCGGAACUUUUUGAAAGGGGCCUGGGUCGAGACGUACGUGCGGAAUAUCUCACUUCCGUCGUGCCAUUUAUGGCCAGACUUGCGCUGCAAGGACCAAGUCUAUUUACUCAGGUAUUUUUCAAACUUGUACAAAAAUAA